AUGAGCAUAACUAGAAAUGUAAGCGCUAAGCACAAAAAAACAGGAUACUUAUCAGUUAUUCGAUACAAUGCCAUAUGUAUUCUGUCCCAUCAUCGUACUGUUUCCUCACUAGUAGAUGAGUCUGGUGUUGUAUCGGGUUACCGGUCAACGGUGGUUCUUCAUAAUCCAAAAAGCAAUAGUCAGGCACAUUUAAUUGGUUCAACGAAAAAUAAUGUAACAUGCUUAUGUUUUUCACGAUGCGGAAGAUAUCUUGCUACUGGAGAAAGUGGACAUGAACCAAGCCUACGAGUAUGGGAAUUAUAUGAUCAUAAUGGUCAGUUCGCUUCCAUGCAAAUUGUCGAUAUCAAGAACCAUGAAUUUGGUAUAGUAUGUGUCCACUUUACACCUGACGGCAAAAAUAUUAUUUCUAUUGGUAAUCAACAUGACCAAGCAAUUGUUGUUUGGGAUUGGAAAAAUCAAAAGAAAAUUGCUUCAAAUAGGCUUUCAUCUAAGGUUCAUUCAGCUGAUAUCACUGAACAAGGAGCAUCAUAUGUAACAGUCGGUGUUCGUCAUGUGAAAUUCUGGCAUGUUGCUGAAAUUGAUGCAUCAAAGAGUAUACCGCUUCAGGGUCGUUCUGCAAUAUUGGCUGAACAGAGAAAUAAUACUUUUUUGGAUGUGUGUUGUGCUCCUAAUAAUCAAACAUUUGCAAUUACGGAAACGAGUCUUUUGGUUGAAUUCCAUGAUAAAAAAUUGACAAGCACUUAUGAUCUUCAUGGUGAAUUACCUCAUUCAAUUGCAUUAGGCAGUGGCGAAUUAUUUAUCGGUUUCACCAAUGGAACGAUUCGGUCUUUUGACGCUUCAACUAUGGCGCAUAAAUUGACAUAUUGUAAACCUCAUUAUUUGACUUGUGAUGUGGCUAAUGGAAUCAAUGCUGACGCUUUCAAACCUGCUUCACAUCCGAAAAAUUGCAGGUACCCAGAUGUUAGAGCGUUGUGCUAUAAUCGAAAAGCCGGUAUUCUUACUGCGGUUUAUGCUGAUCGUUCUAUUUAUAACUGGUACAAAAGUUAUGAUCGAAUACAUAAACUUAGUUCACAGUUGUUUCAUGUUGGACCAAUUUUUGCGCUUGAGAUGUAUCCUUCUUUCCCAUGGCUUCUUCCAGGAACAUUUAUCAGUGGUGGGGCUGAUGAAACUGUGCGUAUCUGGAAUAUAGAUCAACGAACUAAGGUUUUUGAGAAGGACUCACUCCUGUUUCAUCCGGAAACAAAUGUCUAUUCCGAUGAAUUAAAAAAAGUGAUAUAUGUCUCCAACAGUGAAUCAUCUUUAACUGAACCAAAUAACGCCAUUAUGACUGCUUUGAUAACGGAUGUUACUAACGGAAUUAAAUCAUUGAAGGUGAGCCCAGAUGGUCAUCAUUUGGCUAUUGGAGGUAGAGAUGGUAACCUCAGCGUGAUCGAUUUAACCAAUCCGGAAACUCCAUUAAUUGCAUUUUAUGAAGCUCAUGAAAGUGAUAUUUUGUGUUUAGAAUUCUCUGAUUCAGAAAAAGGCCGAUAUUUGUUGGCUACUGGCAGUCGAGAUCGCUUGGUUCAUAUUUUCGAUCCUGGCAACAAUUAUGAACCGAUAGCUACCGUGGACGACCAUACGAGUGCGAUUAAUUCAAUUGUUUUUGUAAAGGAAGUCAGUGAACUUUAUUUAAUAACCUGUGCUGCUGAUAAAACGAUUGUAAUUCGCAAAUUAGUUGAUUCUCAGCCAUCUCUGGUUUGUUUUGAUCGCGUAAAUCACAUUUCUUCACAAUUUGGUCUCAAUUCGAUGAUAAAGUGUUCGGAUGGUAUCAUGGUGGCAUGUCAGGAUCGACAAAUUAGAACAUAUACAGUGCAGGGAAGGCCAGGAAAAUUAAUGAAGCAUGUUAAAGGUGCAACGGGCGAUGACGGUCAACUAAGAAAGAUUCGGCUCGAUCCGUCGGAAACUUUUGCAGCUACUGCUUCGACAGAUCGAAAUGUGUAUAUAAUUGAUAUUGGAACGGGCGAGUGCGCUGCAAUUCUUAGUGGACAUUCCGAUAAUAUUACCGAUAUUGGAUUUUCCAGUGAUUGUCGGCGUGUAGCACCUGGCAGUUUGGUCGACAAAAGUAAAGAGCGAUCCGAGACACCGGACAGCUUAAUAGGAAGUGAUGCAACAUGCGAAGAAAUUCCAGGAGCAAUUUCUCUAUCUAAGGUGAAAGAUUCUGAAUCGGAAUUUGGUUCCUUGAAUAGCGUAAGAAUUGCUGAAGAAGAUGGUGACAGUUGUAUUGGACAAAAGCCAGAUACAGUAAUAUUGAAGCAGGCAGACAUAUCGUCACCAGGCAAUUGGUUCGUCAUGAUUCUCUUUUUCCAAAUCUUUUGUUCCUGA